CCUCAACUGCGACCCUCCCUUGCUUCUCACAUCAUCCCUACAUACAUCACCUUUUCUUCACGGCUGUCUUCAUUUCUCCGUUCUCCUUACUCGCAUCUUAUCUACAAGCUUUCUGUACUGCGAGUAGGACCCGUGUCGUUGUCAUUUCUCUAGAUCGGGUCUUUUCCGUCGGAACCUCCGCCUUCUUAUCUACUAUCUUAGUACCUUACCUAUCACUGCAACCUUGAACCUGUCCCUCCUGCACGGGCCUAUCGGUGACAAGCGGUCCGACUCACCCACCAUCUGCAACUCACCCGCGACGAUCUGGGGAUUGCGCCACAGCUGAUCGAUUCCAAGCACGUUUGGAUCUUGUCAAGCUUAGUUAUCGCUCAAUUCGUUCCAAGUCUUACUCGGCUGAAAUUGACUCGUCCGGGUUUGUCUCAUCUCCGUGUGAGGGUUGUGUUCUCCACGGGCUGAACCUGGACAAUUCUCCGUCGCCAUCCAUCUAUUAUGUCACAGGAUCUUGAACCUCAGCUUUCCCAAGGCUCCCUUGCUCCUCCUGUGGAGAUCGCUGGGCCGGCAACACCAAGCCAUCGCCCCAGUCUCUCGGCGUCUCCAGAACUGAGUGUCCGGGCGGAAAGCCACGGCUCACACCUCGAAACGAAUAAACUCAACUCGCCGCCUGUAUUGACCUCAUCAGACAUGACUCCCCCGCCAUCCUCACAAGUUCCUGGGGCUCCCCCCAGGCGGUCAAGGUCCCAAUCGAGCUCAUACCUAGCAUCUCCACCGGAUAUCGAAAAGACUCUUUGUGUGGCAUACGGUGCCUCCGAAAACCUCCCGAGCGCUGACGAUAUCGAUACCGCCGACGAAGCAAAACUCCGAACGAUAGCCAAAGAGCUCUUGGGGGUAGCCCAGGAAGCCCGUAUGUCAGCAUUGCAUUUUAAGCUGCAGAAUAGUCUGCUGUCGUUCACAAGUAAUGAAGCCAUCAAGCGCGCGGAGGUCGAACACCAGCUAGCCCGGAGGGAGGUGGAAAUCCUUCAGAGCUCCGAGUACCGCAGUCGCCAUGUGGAGACGAAGCCAUUGGAGGAGCCGUCCAAUGCCGACUUGGAGCUGGCUCUCAAACGUAAUCAAGAUCUCGAAAGAGCCAAUGUCACUCUUGACCGCAGACUGCGUCGAGCCAAGCGACUGAUCGAACAGGAAGGGGAGAAGACCGACCAGCUUGGGGAAGAAAACCGUCUUCUGAAGAAGCGUAUCAGGGACAACCGAGAGCAUUUUUCCUUGAUGAUUGAGCAGGGCUCGAUGUCACCCAACUCCCAUAGCGAAGCCCAAACCCCGCACAGGAGACCUGCGUCACACUUUGUCGACAAUGCCAGUCACCAUUUGACAAGGAGUGAGAACAACGACCCUUUUGCUGCCCUUCUUGCGGCAGGCCGGGUUCUUAACCGAGAAUCUGCAAGUGUUGCCUCUACCCCGGGCCACCAUCACACUGAGAGACAUCAUGGAGGUGGCCAUGUGCGUGGAACUCAUUCCCUGUCGUCUCUUCCCAUGACGCCGUCCCGCACUCGGGCGAGCCAGCGGGAAAGCCAGUAUCAUACUCCAGGUCUGGAUUCGCACGAUGAACAGCGUGACAGGGACAGCACGAUAUCGGCGUCGGAUAUCGAAGAGGCUGAGACCGAAGAGGAUACCCCCGGGCAGACCGGCUCAAGGGUGGCUAGCGUAAUCCGCCAUAAUCCCCCACAAACUCACCGAGGGAUCCCGAGUGCCGUGGUCGCUCCGAGAUCCAGCACACUGCUCCAGACGAAACUGUUCGGGCAGGUGACGAAAGCCGGGGUCGAACGUCCCACGAUCAGUCUCAAACGCAAAGCGAGUUUUGACGGUGCGACGUCGAAGAAAUCAAAAGCGGAUUCGAGAGUGGGUCUCGGCAUUGACACAUGGAAUCAGAACGGCCGAGCAUAAACGGUAUAUUUUAUGCUCUCGUUCUUAUUUUCUUUGGGGAUCGUAGUAGGCCUGGCGUCUACUACUGACUUUCUUUGUUUUCUGGGUAUUAGGACUGCUUGUUACGAAAUUGAUGAAUGACGACAUGUAAAGUUGCACUGGUAUUUUGACUUUCUCAAGUGUGUUAUCAUUGUUACUUGACCUGCUUUAAGCAGAUGAAUCCAGAGUGCAUAUUCUGCAAAUA